AAACGCAUGUGCACAGCAAACUAGCAACAGCAACGUUUCAAGCCAAGUUAUUUACAGAUUUCCAAGUCUUUGGUGAGCUCUCUGUGUCGUGUGGUGUUCUUCAGUGAUGGAUGCGACGAUACGGCUCCUCAGAAUCCCACCUGAAAUGGCCAUUUAUGCAGAGAAACAUGACAUAUUUCACCUGGUCCAGACACUAGUGAGAAAGUUGAUGGUGGACAAACCAGAGGACCCCAUUCAACACCUGAUUAACUUCUUGAAAAGGGACAGUGUUGUGCCAAGAAUUAUAUUGUUAGGUCCUCCAUCGUCCGGGAAGAGAACCAUAGCUAACAAGUUGUGUGAGCACACACAGGCUAUUCACGUAACUUUUAGCGAUAUCUUAAAGGAUGACAGUGACUUAAGCAGAGCUGCACAGCAGGACCAAGACAAAAAGCAGAAGAUCCCUAAAGACCACUGGAGACAGUUGAUUCAGCAACGCCUGUCAAAACUAGACUGUGUUCGACGGGGCUGGGUUUUGGAAGCUAUUCCCAAGACACAAGAAGAGGCACUAUGUCUACAAGAAGCAGGCAUCACCCCAGAUCAUGUUGUGAUGCUGGAAGCUCCUGAUGUCAUCCUGAUUGAAAGGAGCUCGGGCAAGAGGAUAGACCCUGUCACAGGAGAUGUAUAUCACGUCACCUUCAUGUGGCCUGAAAGUGAAGAGGUUGCACAGCGUUUAGAAACACCCAGUACACUGAUGCCAGCUGAUCUUAUAGCCAAAAAGCUACAGAAGUUUCACACAGAAGCUCAUGCUCUGAAGCGCACAUACCACAGCUGCCUGAAGACCAUCAAUGCUGACCAGCCCCAUGUAGACGUCUUCUCACAGGUGCUGAACUAUGUCUGUACUCCACGUCAGUCUGCCUCACCCUUCACUCCCAGAAUCCUACUGUUUGGACCCCCAGGUUCAGGGAAGAGUCUUCAGGCAAAACUGAUUGCUCAGAAAUAUGGCAUUGUCAACAUUUGUUGUGGUGAGCUUCUGAAGGCUGUGUCAGCUGAUGAGAGCCAUAUGGGGGAGCUCAUUAAACCCUACCUGGAGUCAGAACAGCAAGUGCCAUCAAGUAUAGUCCUGCGGAUCCUUACAGAGAGACUGAGCAGGAUGGACUGUACCACGCGAGGCUGGGUGCUCCAUGGCUUUCCUCAAGAUGUGGAGCAGGCAGAAGAACUUCAAGAGUCUAAUUUCAUACCAAACAGGGUCUUCUUCCUGGAGAUGACUGAUGACAUUGCUAUCGAGAGGGUAACACUUAGGGGUUUGGAUCCUGUGACUGGAGAAUGGUAUCACAGCAUAUAUAAACCUGCUCCUGGUCCGGAAGUUCAGUCCCGGCUUCGAUUUAACCCGCGGCAUUCAGAGGCACAGCUGCAAAAGAGGCUUAAGGAGUACUGGAACCAUGCAGCGGACCUGCAGGCCAUCUACCCACAGGCAGUGUACAUCAGCGCUGACCAGGACCCACACACUGUGUUUGAAUCACUGGAGAGUAGGCUAGUAGGCCGACUACCUAAAGUCCAGACUUACUGAGUAACAUUUGAGCGCUAAACACUGUUAUUGGGAUUCUCCACCCAAAAACAUUUUCUCUCAUCAUCUACUCACUCUCAUGCCAUCCAAGGUGUAGAACUUUCUUUGUUCUGCUAAACAAAAAAUUUGAUUUUUAGAAAAAUAAUCCAUCUCUCUGAGUCCAUAUAAUGCAAGUGAAUGGCACCCUCAAAGCUGAUGCUUCAAAAUCCACACAAAAUUAGCAUGACAGUAAUCCAAUACAACCCCUGUGAAUGAAUCAGUGUCUUCUGAAAUUAAAAUGAAAAGUGUGUGAAUAGAAGAAUAGUAAUAUUUUCAACUUUUUAUACUAUAAACCAUUGCUUCUGGCCACUCUAGACAACUAUCAAACGCAGGUUCAUGAGUUUACUUUUGAUGUAAACUCCAGCACGUUGUGAAGCGAGACAUACGCCCAUUGUGAAACUCAUGCAAGAGGUGAUGCAAGACAGUUGGCAGCAAUGGUUUAUAGUUUUAUGUUUAUAUAAAAGUUUAAAAUAUUAAUAUUUUCUCACACAUACACACACACUUAUUGUUUUUCUUCAGAAGACAUUGAUUCAUCCGCCGGUGUUUCAUGUGAUUUGCAUCAACUUUGAUGGUCCCAUCCACUUACAUUAUAUGAAUACACAGAGAUGGAUUGUUUUUCUAGAAAUCACCAUUUGUGUUCCACAAAAGAAAGAAAGCCAUAAACUUCUGA